AUGACACGAAUCCUACAAUUCUCCUCUUAUGCCUUCGAUCCUAGUGUUCAGGAGCAUAUCAGUGCGCUGAUGGCCGGCGCUUGUAUCUGCAUUCCAUCAGAAACACAGCGCUUGAAUGACCUGGCUGGCGUCAUACAUGAGCUGCAGAUCAAUUAUACCAUCAUGGUACCGUCACUCGCACGCCGACUUUCGCGCGAGGAACUGGCAGGCCUCAAAACCCUCACCCUAGUGGGAGAGACCAUGACUCGAACUGACGUGGAGUAUUGGGCCAGAUCAGUCCGCCUGAUCAACGGCUAUGGCCCCGCCGAAUGCUCCGUGGUAUCCGUCAUCCAGUCCGGUAUGGACGUAGACACCGACCCGCAUGAUAUCGGAGUCGCGCAGGGCUGUGUCUGCUGGGUGGUCGACCCGGGUAACCAUGAUGUGCUGCUUCCAGUGGGAGGAACUGGGGAGUUACUCAUUGAAGGGCCGCUUGUGGGACGCGGAUACCUCAAUAACCCCCGCAGGACGGCUGAGGCAUUCAUUGCCCCUCCGAAGUGGCUCCAGCCCCUGCGUCCGCCUCAUUCCAGCAGGCUUUACAAGACCGGUGACCUCGUCCGGCUCAGGAAAGACGGCUCCUUCCAGUACCUCGGACGUAAGGAUAAACAGGUCAAGCUGCGGGGGCAACGCAUCGAACUUGCCCACGUGGAGGCCCAGGUCCGCCAGUGCUUCAAAGGGGUCCUGGACGCCGUGGUCGAGCUGGCGGUCAUGGCGGGUGGAGGCUCGAGAAGAGCUCAGCUGGUGGCUUCGGUGGUCAGUACUCGGCGGGCAGACGACAAAAAGGACGGGGUCAACAGUCUUUUGCAGAAUCCAUCCGAGGAGUUUCGCGCCCGUGCAGCAGCCGCUACGAUUGCCCUCCGGCAGGCCCUCCCCCCCUCAAUGGUUCCAUCCAUCAUUUUGCCUCUUGUUGAGAUCCCUCGGACGGCAUCUGGAAAGGUCGACCGCAACCGUCUCCGGGCGCGGCUGGAAGCCUUGCGACCCGACGAGCUAGUGCCAUAUCGACCGUCUGUUUCCUCGUCAUUAAAUCAGGAUGACUUGUCUGAGCCCGAGAAGGUGUUGCUGCGGCUUUGCGCCCAGGUGCUUAGCCUCAAACCGGACAUGCUGAGCGUCCAUGACAAUUUCUUCCAUUGCGGCGGAGACUCCAUCGAUGCCAUGAAAUUGGCAGCGAUGAGUCGAUCCACCGGCUUUGCCGUCAGUGUCGGUGAUAUCUUCUCGCACCCAGUGCUUGCGGACCUCGCGAGCGUUGCGGCUUCAUCGGUAUCCGCAGAUGAGCAGCCUUACCACCCAUUUUCUCUAUUAAGUGUCACUCCGAGUCUCGAGCAAUCGUUUAAAAAAACAUCAGACGCAGUUUUCAUUGAUCGGAAAACAUUCCAUUCGUACCACUUUGCCCUCAAAGGCCGCAUCGACGUCGAUCGACUGCGUCGAGCAUGUGACGCCAUGAUGGUCAGGUAUAGCAUUUUGCGCACUGUGUUCUGGGAGCACGAAGGUCGGCUUAUUCAGGCGGUUCUGGGCAACAUCCAGGCCCCCUUCCGUCACCGCCAGGCGAAGAGAGACCCGCUGGCCCAAUGUCGAUCACAAUGGGAAACCGAGAUGGCACAGUUCGACAUCCGGGAUGGGCUUGCUGUAUCGUGGACCUUGUUCUCAAACUCUCCGGUCGAUCAUGUCUUUGCCCUCCAGCUGUCGCACGCCCAGUGGGACGGAAUAUCAAUCCCAUAUCUCUUCCAGGACCUAGCCGCCGCCUAUAACAAUACCUCGUUGCCGCCAACAUCGGACUUCGCUCUGUAUCUUCACCGCUGCGCAACACUGGAUAGGGCUGCUCCAUAUCGGUUUUGGAGAGAAUAUCUUUCCGGGUCUUCCCUUGUCUCCCCUUUUUCAUUGGCCCACACCCGCGGCACCGGCCAAGCCACCACGACCGUGAUGGCAGUCACCAGCAUCCAACCGCCCGAACUUCCCGCCGGCUUUACCAUGGCCACUCUGAUCAAGGCAGCGGCUGCUUUCUAUCUCACUCGGCUCCUUGCCCAAGCGGACAUCGUGUUUGGGCAAACAGUCAACGGGCGAAACAUGGCCCUUGACAAUGUGGACACAAUCCUAGGGCCAUGUCUCAACUUCAUUCCGAUGCGGGUAGCCCUCCAGCCGGAGUGGACGGUGCAAGAUCUUCUUGCUCAUGUAUACCAACAACACAUGCGGUCCGUUCCUUACGAUUACAUGCCGCUCCCGGAGAUCAUCCACGAAUGCACCGACUGGGCCGCGGGUUCCGAACUGACGUUCAUCGUCCAGCAUCAAAGCAUCCAACUCAAACAGACCUUGCCGCUGGAAGGCAUGGCGGACGUCCAGUACUCGCUCUUCGCGAACUUCGAUCCACUCAAAGAGGUAUGGGUGUUCUCGGAGCCCCAUUCAGAUCGGCUGGAGAUCCAGAUCUGUGCCAACAGCGGCGUCUUGACGGAAAAGCAAGCCGCGUUCCUGUCCGAGGAGAUCGCUAAGGUUGUGGAGUUGUUUUGGCAGACCCCUGACAUGCUGCUUGAUAGUGCUGUGGAACACAUAUGUCCCCAUAUGCUACGUCAAAAUUGA